AUGAUUUAUUAUUAAAAGACUGUUUCUUAUUAAGCUUUGUGCAAUGAAGCCUCAAUUUAAUUGGAGAACCAUCCGUAGGCAAAGCAAGAAAACUAAUACAAUUUGAGCAGCACAGAUUACAAAAGAUAGAAAUCCUUUCAGGGAGAUCGGUUUGUUACGUAAUUGAAGAAGAAUUUCUCCAUCGUCCAGGAAAACAAACUGGAGAGUCAAGACAUUGCAUCAGCUUAAAUGGCAUUGGAGAUGCUAUACAAAUAGUAAAUACUCGAAUAGGAACCAAUAUUUGAGUCAGACUCUAUGCAGUUCAUCAAUCAAAGUGGAUUUUAAUACAAUCAACAGAAUAAUUGCAACAUCCAUAAUUCCAAAAUAUACAAUAGUAUUCUCAUAGAUCAUAAGUAUUUUACAAUAUCAGAAACCCUGUCUAAUUAUUACAGCAAGUAUGUGCGCAAAAUACAGAAAGUUCCAUUUAAAGUUCUUGAUGCACCAUAACUUUAAGAUGAUUUUUAUUUGAAUCUAAUAGAUUGGAGCAGUUAGAAUACAUUGUCUGUAGCUUUGAAUUCGUGUGUAUACUUAUGGUAUGAGAAUGCACAAUCUUCGAAAGUUACUAAAUUAUUGGAUUUACAUAAUGAUUCAGUUACAAGUGUGGCUUGGUCACUCCGAGGACCGCACUUGGCAGUCGGAACUAAGAUAGGAGAAGUCUAGAUUUGGGAUGCCAUCAAAUUGCAAAGAGUUCGCACUUACAAGGGGCAUAUAGCGAGAGUAGGAACGUUGUGCUUUUCAGAUAAUGUACUUAGUAGUGGCUCAAGAGACAAGUUGAUAUUAUAAAGAGAUUUACGAUUGAAGGGAAAUUACUUUCUUAAAUAGUCAGCGCAUAAACAGGAGGUUUGUGGUUUGAAGUGGUCGCCUGAUGGGUAGAUGCUGGCUUCAGGAGGUAAUGAUAAUAAACUUUAUCUUUGGUCUUCUCAUAAACAGGACAAACCCAUAUUUAGAUUGACUGAACAUCAGGCUGCAGUAAAGGCUAUUGCUUGGAGUCCCCAUCAACAUGGGUUAUUGGCUAGCGGGGGUGGCACUGCAGAUAAGAUGAUUAGAUUCUGGAAUGCUCUUGAAGGGAAACCCUUACAAAAAGAAGACACUGGCAGUCAAGUGUGCAAUCUCAUGUUCAGCAAGAUUGACAAUGAACUCAUUUCCACUCAUGGAUAUAGUCAAAAUUAAAUUGUGCUUUGGAAAUGCAACAAUAUGAAAAGGAUCUCAACAUUAGUCGGACACACAUGCAGAGUACUGUAUUUAGCAAUGUCUCCUGAUGGAUCAACCAUUGUUACUGGAGCAGGGGAUGAAACUUUACGUUUUUGGAAUCUAUAUCCACAAAUUAAUUAGGAUUUCAAAUAACUUAAUGGCCCUUUGCAUAUCCCGACUAUUCGAUGA